AUGGUGGCUCAACUGCUAGGACUGGCCGUUCUAUAUCUAACUACUAGUCUGGUCACUUUUGGGGCAAAUGGCAUAUCUUUGUAUUGUCUCCCUUCUCCAGCCCUGCAGAUCAACCCCAAUGGUGAGGUGGUGUACCAGGACGCCAGAGUGUAUGGAGUAGUGGCCAAAGCCGUGAUCCUGGAGUGCGGUCCCACUUUACCUGAUAUUUAUAUAUGGAGCUUCACCAAACCUGGCACUGAAGCCAUAAAAGCUGUAGUGUUUAAUGUAGGACAAGGACCGAGGAUUCAGAAGCUGGCUGAGACGCUGGGACAGCUGACGGUCAUCUCAAACAGUGCAGCUGUAAGCAUUGAGAACCUGGCUCUGGCUGCACAUGGCUUAUUCACUUGCCAGGCUUUCUAUGACAUAGAGAAUGAGGCCAAAGUCUACUACUACUACGUGCACCUCGUUGUCCGAGUCCCUGUCACUAAGCCUUACCUCUUGCUGAGUGAUGUAUCUCCAGUGGAAGGAUCUACAAUGUGGAUGCGCUGCAAUCUGGAAAAUGGGACUGGACCAAUCCAGUAUGAGUGGCAACACGAGACUCGCAGCGGCAACAUCACAAUCAUUGCACAGGGCAACAAUAGCAUUAUCAAUGUGACUGACGUCAACCGCAACCACACCGGCUGGUACCGCUGCGUGGCGAGCAAUGCUGUCAACAGUGAGAGCUCUAACCGCUUGUGGCUGGACACCAUUUAUGGCCCAGACAUUCCUAAGAUAGACGUGACGCCGUACAGUAUAACAGAGCGGGGUUAUUCAGCUCUGGAGAGAGAGACUGUAUCUUUGCUGUGUCAGGCUCAGUCCAAUCCAGCCAGUCAGUACGUCUGGUUCUACAACAACUCCCAGGUCUACACCGGACCGCAGUACACCAUCAUCAAGAUCCUCCGCAUGCACACGGGCGACUAUGCCUGCUUGGCUCAGAACACCUACCUUAACACCCGCUCCAAAAAAACCAUCAGCCUUACCGUCUACUAUCCACCUGAUGGCUCCCCUUCCUGUUCUGUGGAGCCGGCUCUGAAUCACACCUCUCUGAGGUUGCUGUGCUCCUGGCCUGGUGGAUUCCCCUCCCCUUCACUCCAAUGGACUGGAGACCUGAUACAUGCCAACACAGGGCAGCAACCCAGUUCAGCCUCCAGCACUGCCUCCAUCUUGCUGCCUUCUGGAGGCCUGAUUUCUGACAGUUUGUUUACAUGCAUGGGCUCCCAUCUUGCCCUGAAACAGUCAACACAGUGUACCACACACACAUAUAUUCCCCCUGCAGAGCCAGUGUGUUUUGCUUAUGUGACCAGUGACAAACCGUAUCUGAUGCUAUCCUGCUCCUGGGAAGGAGGGGCUCCAAAAGCCUUGGUGUGGUGGGAGGGCCCGGCGGGCCAGGGCAAAGGUGGAGAAGAAAACUCCAACAUCCUGAUCCUCCGCUAUGGCACAGCUCGUGGUGGGAAACCUUACACCUGCCAUGCUAAACAUCCACUUCUGGUCCAAACCAAGACCUGCAAUGUCACACUGGAGGCCCCUGUGCUGCAGACGCAGCGCAGAGUCGUGACUGUGUAUGAGGGGAGUGACGUCCAGCUUACCUGCAGUCUGAGAACCAACUAUCUUCCUGUCAAUGAAAUCACCUGGUUUAACAAUCAGGGUGUUGGUGUCCAGGACACCUCAAAGUACCUGCUUCUGAGAACGUCUGCAUGGGCCAAUCUGACUGUGAGGGACACAGAUGAAACUCAAGACAGCGGCGAGUACAGGUGCUCCACUUCCAACGCGGUGGGAGGAACUGAAAUCAACGUCACUUUAGUUGUCAAUAAGCACCCCAUGCCACCCAAUGCAACCCUGGUCAGAGUGGUGUACAUCAACCGACAGCGUAAUGAGGUGGAGCUGGAGUGGGUGGUAGAGAAAGAGGAAGCAGGAGGUUGGACAGGUUUCUUCUUGGAGCAUCGAUGGUUGUCUGAGCGGCCGCAAAGGAAAGGAAGCAGCAAUGGUUCAAGUGAGCAAGUGAAAGAGAAGGCUGGUCCCACAGAAUGGGACCGUAAAAUCAUCCAGGAUCCAGCUGUCAGGAUUCACACAGUGGGGAGUCUGACGCCAACAGCUACCUAUCAGUUCCGCAUCAUACCGAUCAACCACCGCACUGUCGGACACCCUUCUGCUGCAAAGACUCCAGCGGAACCACACUACAAUGUGUACCCUGCUGUGAUCGGAGCAGCUAUCGGUGGGAUGCUCUUUGCAGCCAUUCUUACAGUUCUGCUGCUCAUGUACAUAAUCCGCAACCGCAACAACAAUCCUCGACUACAUGACUUGUUGUUUGGCAGGCAACACAGCCAGUCGAGAGAAAAUAUCAACUUCCCAGAGGAUGAAGUGGUCAGCAGGUCAGAGGGAGGAAUAGAGGAGACUGAUAGAUCACCCAGUCCAGGUCCAGCCAUGGCUCUGCCCCGGGCAUCGUCACCCCUCACCUCCUCACCCAUGAGUGCCACCCCCACAACUACCAGCCAAGCCCCUCCCCCAGGAGACGAUAAUGAGCCAGUCAGCGUCACCAUCACCGUCAAGGCCACAGGCUCAUAG